AUCGGUGUGAGAUACAUGGAUUUGGCAAACGGUGAGAUAUCGGCUGAGCUGCUUCAUGCUCAAGCUCAUGUCUGGAACCAUAUAUUCAACUUCAUCAAGUCUAUGUCACUAAAAUGUGCUACUCAACUAGGCAUCCCAGACAUCAUCCACAACCAUGGCAAGCCCAUGACUCUUCCUGAGCUGGUCGCUAAGCUCCCAGUCCACCCUAAAAGGAGUCAGUGCGUGUACCGUCUCAUGCGCAUUCUUGUUCAUUCUGGCUUCCUUGCUGCGCAAAGAGUCCAACAUGGUCAGGAAGAAGAGGGGUAUGUGCUUACAGAUGCCUCUAGGCUCCUUCUAAUGGAUGACUCCUUGAGCAUAAGGCCCUUGGUGCUUGCCAUGCUCGACCCAAUUUUAACUAAACCAUGGCAUUAUCUGAGUGCUUGGUUUCAAAAUGAUGAUCCCACUCCGUUCCACACUGCUUAUGAGCGGUCAUUUUGGGAUUAUGCCGGCCAUGAACCUCAGCUCAACAAUUCCUUCAAUGAAGCCAUGGCUAGCGAUGCUCGCUUACUCACCAGCGUGCUGCUUAAGGAGGGCCAGGGCGUAUUUGCGGGGUUGAACUCAUUAGUUGAUGUAGGGGGUGGCACCGGAAAAGUGGCCAAGGCCAUUGCUAACGCUUUCCCACAUUUGAACUGCACCGUGUUAGAUCUCCCCCACGUGGUUGCUGGCUUGCAAGGGAGCAAGAACUUGAACUACUUUGCAGGUGAUAUGUUUGAGGCAAUUCCUCCUGCAGAUGCAAUUUUACUCAAGUGGAUACUGCACGACUGGAGCGAUGAAGAAUGCGUGAAGAUACUAAAGCGAUGCAGGGAAGCAAUUCCGAGCAAGGAAAACGGAGGAAAGGUGAUUAUCAUAGACAUGAUCAUGAUGAAGAAUCAAGGAGACUACAAGUCCACAGAAACACAGCUGUUCUUUGAUAUGACGAUGAUGAUUUUCGCCGCGGGUAGAGAGAGGGACGAGAACGAAUGGGAGAAGCUAUUCUUGGAUGCUGGUUUCAGUCACUACAAGAUAACUCCCAUUUUGGGUUUGAGGUCCCUCAUUGAGGUUUAUCCUUGAUGCUCUGUUUGUUUGUAGUAUGGCAAAUUUAUGCACGGUUAAUUCACAAACUCUGCUAAGAUUAAGAUGGUUCUUGCUCCGUUUGAUUGGGCAGAAGUACUGUUCAUCUUUGUUAUAUGAAUUUCAAUAAUAAUAAUGAAUUUCUUCAUAUAAUCUACGUGUUUGUUUU